AUGGUUGCUGAAGAGAAGUCUUCCCAGAAUGAUGGUGGUGUCCACGGCACAGCCAAUACUCCUACAAAGGCGGCUGAACAGGUCCACAAAGAGCCUUCGAUUAUUGAAGCCAACGACGGUGAUGGCAAAGGUGAAACUCUACCUUCUGCAGAUGAGCAAAUUGACGCUCUGGGUAUUCCUAAUUGGAGAGAGCUUGAGAAACAGGUUGUCAGGCGCUUGGAUGUGACCCUGAUGCCCUGUUUGUGGGUUCUCUAUCUCUUCAACUACCUAGAUCGUGCCUCUAUCGCAGCCCGUCCACCUAGACAAGCUCGUUUGAGUAGUCUGGAUGAAGACCUCAAUUUGGAAGGCUACCAAUUCGGUACCGCUGUGUCGAUCCUGAGCGUUGGAUACGUUCUUGGCCAGAUUCCAUCCAACAUGAUUAUUGGAAAGGUCCGGCCAAGUUUGUACCUGUGCUGCAUGGCUCUGGUCUGGUCUGGUGUCUCAGCCGCUACUUGUGGAGUGAAAAACUACGAAGGUCUCAUCGCCGUGAGAUUCUUUCUAGGUGUCGUGGAGGCUCCUCUAUUCCCAGGCGCAAUCUAUGUCAUGUCUUGUUGGUACACUCGCAAAGAAAUGGCCCUGCGUUGUGCUUUACUGUACACGGGUCAGACUUUGGCUUUCUGUACAGCUGGCCUGAUAGCAGCAGCUGUUUUCGGAACACUCGAAGGGUCCUAUGGACUGGCUGGCUGGCAGUGGCUCUUCAUUGUUCUCGCUUCUACGGGGGCGGGUCUGGCGAUGAUUGCCCUCUUUCUCUUGCCCGACUAUCCCGACUCUACCACAGGAAGUGCCCGAUGGUCCAUGACUGAGGACAUGCGCAAGGUCGCUGCUGCCCGCAUUCUGGCUGAUCGAGUGUCCACUGCGGAGGCAAAGGCAGGAGUCUGGCAAGGUUUGAAAAUGAGCGUCUUCGACUACAAGAUGUGGCUACUGGUCGGGAUGAACAUUGGUAUCUCAGCCGCUUAUGGCUUCUCCAAUUUCUUUCCAUCCAUCGUACGGGGAUUUGGAUACAACAACACCAUUACGCUUGUCUUGACAGCUCCGCCUUAUAUCUUCGCCGCCGCGGGAUCUCUGGUCAACGCCUGGCACUCCGACAAGACUAAAGAGCGAGGGUAUCAUUUUGCUGGACCAAUCGCAUUUGGCUGCAUUGGUUAUGUCAUCUGCCUGGCCACCGAGAACCGCAGUGCUCGGUAUGGGGCUUCAUUCAUCUACGUAGGCGGCAUGUACUUCGCCAACCCACUCAUCAGUACUUGGACGUCGAACACGAUGGGACGAACGCCUGAAAAACGCGCCAUAUCUGUUGCACUUGUCAACGUCCUCGGCCAGAUCGGCAAUCUAAUUGCACCUUACUUCUUUGUCGACUCAGACGAGCCGCGAUAUCGGCUUGCUUUUAUCAUGAUGAUGGUCAUGGGCCUGAUCGCCUGCGCAAGCGCCAUGGGAUUGAAGGUCUAUCUGUACAGGUCUAACAAAAAGCUGUACAAUGCAGCUGUUAGAAAUGGAACCGUUUAUCAACCAUACGUCAUGUAA